ACGACUCCAUUUCUUUCAAGCACAGACAAAACAAACACUCCACUCUCUCUCUCUUCUUCUUCCUUUUUCUUGUUUCUUCAAUCCCUUUUCUCCUCUCCUUCGUUCCAAAACUAACCCUACACAAUUCUCAAAAUUCCCUGCAAAUCCCAUCUCCUCUUCUCACUCUCUGUCUCUUCUCCAUUUCUCCCCUCCCUUUCUUUUUCUAGGGUUUCUGCCUCUUUCUCAUUCACGAGCUCGCAAGACCCGUACAGAUCCCCAACUCCCGGCCGUACGGACGGCACGCACACUGCCGGGGGGCUUUUGUAGAAGACGGCGUCGCCUGGUGCUCUGGUUUGCGGGAAAUUGCGGUUUGCCGCCCGUCGUUGCCCAGAGUUCCUCGCUUAAGGUUCGGAGAUUCUGAGGUUCUUGUAUCAAGCACUGUAUUCUGAAUGGACUUGCAUGAACUGCUUGAUUAUGUUCCACAACACUAGCCAUUGCCACAUGGAGGUUCCCUUUUUUUGUCGAGGUGGCAACCAUUAAGUCAGUGAAACAUAUGAAGUGGGCAUGAAAUAAAGUUGGAAUAAUUCGGCCAUCAUUUUCUGUAAUUUGUUUACAUUUGAAACAUGCCUUCAUGGUGGGGGAAGUCUUCGUCGAAAGAAGUAAAAAAGAAGACGAGCAAGGAGAAUUUCAUUGAUACAUUACACCGUAAAUUCAAAUCUCCAUCUGAAGAGAAGGGAAGUGUGAGACCAGGAGGGUCUCGGAGACAUAGUAAUGACAUAGGUGUAGCCUCAGAGAAGGGUUCUCUAUCCCGAGCCGAGUCAAGGUCGUCAUCACCAUCUAAGCAGGUAUCACGCUGUCUAAGUUUUGCAGAGAGGCCACAUGCUCAACCGCUUCCGCUUCCUGGGGCGCACCCUGCAAACAUUGCACGCACAGCCUCUGGAAUUAGCAUUUCAAGACCUGCACUGGAGAAACGCGUCAAACCGACAUUGUUUUUGCCCCUUCCAAAACGAGAUCAUAGCUUGAACAGGCCAGAUGCUACGGACAUUGAUGGGGAUUUGGCUACUGCUUCUCUUUCUAGUGACUGCUCCAAUGAUAGUGAUGAUCCAGUUGAUCCUCGUCUUGUUAGUACCCAGGGGAAUGACUACGAAAUUGGGAGAACUGUUGCAAACAGUCAUUCUAGCGUGCUGCAUAAGGAUCAAUAUCCUAACAUCACCCGAAAGAACUCAGGAGAGAUUCUGAAGCCAGCUAAUUUGUUGUUCAAUAACCAAAGUCUCUCUUCAUCCCCCAAACGGGGUCAUACUUCCAAUCUUCCUCAGUAUGGUGCUUUUGGAAUAGGAAGUGCUCCUGACAGUUCCAUGUCUAGUCCUUCUAGAAGUCCUAUGAGGGCAGUUUGCCCUGAGCAAAUUGCGAGCUCUGCUUUUUGGGCCUCAAAGCCUUACCCAGAUGUUGCGCUGCUCGGAUCUGGUCAAUGCUCUAGUCCAGGUUCAGGCCAUAACUCUGGACAUAAUUCAAUGGGAGGGGAUAUGUCAGGACAGUUAUUUUGGCAGCACAGCAGGGGUAGCCCAGAGUGUUCUCCUAUACCUAGCCCUAGAAUGACAAGUCCUGGACCUAGCUCUAGAAUACAAAGUGGUGCUGUCACUCCUUUACAUCCACGGGCUGGAGGGGCAACGCCGGAAUCCCCCACAAGCUGGGCCGAUGAUGGGAAACAACAAAGCCACCGGUUGCCGCUUCCCCCCUUAACAAUCUGUAAUACCUCUCCCUUUUCUCCAUCAAAUUCUGGGGUGACGAGCUCAUCCUCAGUUCCACGUAGUCCUGGAAGGGCAGAGAAUCCCACAAGCCCUGGUUCGCGCUGGAAGAAGGGAAAGCUCAUAGGAAGGGGGACAUUCGGGCAUGUUUAUGUUGGUUUUAACAGUGAAAGUGGCGAAAUGUGUGCAAUGAAGGAGGUUACACUCUUCUCUGAUGAUGCCAAGUCAAAAGAAAGUGCAAAGCAAUUGAUGCAGGAAAUAGCUCUCUUGAGUCGCUUGAGGCAUCAAAAUAUAGUGCAAUAUUAUGGGUCGGAGACGAUAGACGACAAAUUGUAUAUCUACCUGGAGUAUGUAUCUGGUGGUUCCAUUCAUAAGCUUCUUCAAGAGUAUGGGCAGUUUGGAGAACUGGCAAUUCGGAGCUAUACCCAACAAAUCCUUUCAGGCCUUGCAUACUUGCAUGCCAAGAAUACUGUCCAUAGGGACAUUAAAGGUGCAAACAUUCUUGUGGACCCAAAUGGGCGUGUUAAGCUGGCUGAUUUUGGGAUGGCAAAGCAUAUUACUGGUCAAUCAUGUCCUUUAUCGUUGAAGGGAAGCCCUUACUGGAUGGCCCCCGAGGUUAUAAAAAAUUCAAAUGGCUGCAAUCUUGCGGUGGAUAUAUGGAGUCUUGGAUGUACUGUUUUGGAGAUGGCUACAACGAAACCACCUUGGAGCCAGUAUGAAGGGGUUGCUGCCAUGUUUAAGAUUGGGAACAGUAAGGAACUUCCCGCAAUUCCUGAUCAUCUCUCAGAUGAUGGCAAGGACUUUGUAAAGCAGUGUUUGCAACGUAAUCCACUACAUCGUCCUACAGCGGCUAAGCUUUUGGAGCAUCGCUUUGUAAAAAAUGCAGCAACUGUGGAAAAACCCAUCAUCAGUCAGCUGUUAGAACCACCUACUGGAGUUGCAAAUGGCAUAAUGAGAUCCACGGGUACCGGGCACGCGAGAAAUCAUUCAUCUUUGGAUAUGGAAGGGCUAGCUCUCCAUCAGCUGUCUUUGGAUAUGGAUGGGCUGGCAAUCCAUCAGCUUCGAGGGGCAAGAACUCAUUCAUCAACCAGUGAUAGUCCUAUGCCGAGGACAUGUCCAGUAUCUCCCAUUGGAAGCCCUCUCCUCCACCCAAGAUCUCCUCAACAUAUGAAUGGAAGGAUGUCCCCUUCUCCCAUAUCCAGUCCUAGAACCACCUCUGGGUCGUCGACGCCUCUCACCGGUGGCAAUGGCGCCAUCCCCUUUCAUCAUCUCCAGCAGUCCGCCUUCCACCAUGAUGGCUUUGGAAGCACGCCAAGGUCUCCGAACAGCCUGUACCCUAAUGGCUCCACCUAUCAUGAUCCCAAGCCCGACUUCUUCCGAGCAAUGCAGCCUGGUGGCCCUCAUGCCUUCCGGGAACUGAUUGCUUCUGAAAAUGACAUCCUUGGAAAGCCAUUCGGAAGGCCGGCGCAUGGCAGCGAUCCCCUGGAACUGUAUGAUGGGCAGCCAGUGUUGGCCGAUCGUGUGUCGCAGCAGCUCUUGAGGGAUCAUGUGAAGUCGAACCCUGCACUUGAUCUUACCAGUCCAGCCUUGCCAAUGCUUGGCCGAUCCAAUGGCAUCUGAUUUGACAUGGGCAGACUAUCAGAGCAUGCAUGUAUUGAUCAUCUUGAGUUAAUUUUCUUUUCUUGAUUCUGGCGCGGUUGGUUUAUCAUCGUAACAGCAGUAAAGAAGACUCAUUUGUACAGUAAGGGAUCCAACAUGGAAGCCUGUGGAGAAUAAGAUUGUAGGAAGCAGUGGAGGCAUACAGUUCUCAUCCGAGGCGGAGGAGGGCAUUCCCAUCCUCCUUAUGGAAGUACCAAGUGUACUGUGGUACACAUGCCAUGUUUAUGGUGGCUUUGUGCAUGCUUAUGGAUUGUCAUGCUAUGCCAGCAUUUGAACAAUAUACCUCAAGAUAACUGAGGAACUUUUCCAUUUCCGUGUGAGUUAAGUCAGAUUGUGAAUAUUUUCACCAUUUUUUCUGUUUGGUUUCAGCAUUGCAUUCAUUGCAUUGUUUUGAAUGGUACUUGUGUUGGUAUCUGCAUUUAGGAAGUUGGUCAGGUCAUGACCGACAAUUGGAAUUGGUCAAGAGGUGGGCCCAUCAUGGAUCGGCUGUGACUAAAAAGCUUGCACUGUUCGAAUGAUCAUAACAGCUCAAUCAGAGGACUUUCCCCUGCUGGAUGGCCAUCUGUUUUUAACUUCUGUUUGUCCAUUGGAAAAGUUGUCAAAAUAGGCUGAAUUUUAGCUGGUUGCCGAUGGUGGUGCAUUUCUCGACUGCUUCCUAUACCGUACACAUGCCCCAAGAUUGCAAGGGUGCAAUUUUGUGUUCUUCCUGAGCAUUGUGACGAAAGAACCACUCCCAAGUUUCAUAACUUUGCAUCUGCCGUCUGCUAUCCUAGUAAUGAUUUGGGGUCGGUCCGUGGCAAUCUCUAAAGAAUUUGGGAUUUUCAUCUGAAUCCAAGCUUUGAUGAGUGUCCUACUCCACCCCAUUGACUGAUUUAUGAUGUGGCAUUAGUUGAAGUUGGACUCCAUGGAGUUGAAAGACGACUUGCAUUUUACUGUUAUGUUUGUAGCUUUAGUUUCAUCGGGAGCUUUUAAUCAUCCUCCGACACAGCAACUGAUGUUGGUAUUUUUGAAAUUAUGAUAUUCUGCAGGAGGGAUAGCUUCCAAUGAUGUGUAUCAGGAUCAGAUUCAGCAGUUCCUAACAGCAAUGAAGUUUCAACACCAUUGGGAAAGAACUGUAUAUUGUUAUAUUCAUCAAUCAUCACAGAGGAAAAUGAAAAAAAAAGGAAAAAAGAAAAGAAAAAAGAGAGUCUUAAAUAGGGAAUUUGGAGUACCCUUUUUUUUUUUGGGCUAUGGCCACUGUACAGAUGCUGGGGAAUUGCAUUUAAGGGUCCAGAUUUCGCACUGCGGGGAUAUUUCUAAGGUGGGCUGGUUGAGGCUGCUGCGUUCGGCCUAGGUUUUAGCUGCUGUUACUGGCUGUUCUUCUACCUAAUAUGUUGUCGUAUGCAACAUCAAUCACAUCUGCAUCAAUUUGAAGAAAAAUCCAAUUACAGUUUCUUUUUCUUCCUCA